AUGGAAUACCACCGCCUGUCGACCGAAGUGGCCGGGCAGCAGAACGGAAUGGAUCCGAAGAGUGGACUCCAGCGCAAUUACCAAAGGGUCAAACUGCUGUUGCCGUUUGUAUGGCCUGCGUCGUCGUUUGUGCUACAACUGCGAGUGGUGGGAGCUCUGACGCUGCUAGUCCUGGGACGAGUGGUCAACCUAUAUGUGCCGAUCUACUACAAACGUAUCGUCGACCACCUGACAGCUCGUGCGGGUGUGACGAUAUCCGUCCCAUUUGGUCUAAUCCUGAUGUAUGGCUUUCUGCGCUUGUUGCAAGGCAAUGCCGGGCUAAACAACCUCCGCCAGUUGGUGUGGAUCAAGGUCACACAGUACACCAGCAAGAAGAUGAAGGUGCGCGUGUUCGAGCACUUGCACAGUUUGUCGCUGCAUUGGCAUUUAAAUCGGCAGACAGGUGCCACACUUCGCAUCAUGGACAGGGGGUAUGUGCAAUAG